UACAUCUGGCAAUCUUUAAGGUCCCGCCAGCUUUUGCACACUCGAGGGACCCGCGGACCGAGCUUAUAUAAUCUGUAUCAUCAUUGGUUCUCUUAUUGACCGAAGUGGAUUUGAAGUUCCGUUGUAAUUCCUGUGAAGUCGCUCAACAGACGGUCUAACAAAUAGCAGUGGGUGAUUUAGACAGUAGUGAUAUAUGCAAAACAGAAGUGUCAAAAUUUGGUGGCACUCAGAAGUAAAUUACUAAGGGUUUGCUUGUGACGAUGGACGAGUCGAUGUAGAAGCAUUCUUAUCUUGAAGCGAAGCACACGGUUUUUGACCAAGUUCCAACUAGCGAAGCGGGAUUUUCCUUUUUCAAGGCGAAGACUGACUUAUUGUAUUAAUCAUUAUCAAAAAGGAACCUAUCUUAGAAUUCUAGGCAAAAGACGUAAGGAGUGUGGAAAAGAGCGGAGGAUAGCCAUGAAUUAGGUGUCUGUUGUCCUUGCGAUCGCUACCACCAGCAAGAUGAAGGCCGUUUUAGGCAAAGUAUACCUCGCUUUUGUCCUUCUAUGCCUCUGGUCUGAAGUCGAUGGCGGCAGAAGUAAUAGGAAAAACGGAGGGAGACUGCGAGAAGGAGUAUGCCAAGUAUACCGGGGCUCCUUCUGCUCAGCUUAUCUGGGCGGCCAGAAAGUAUUUCUCAGAAUAAAUCAAGCUUGGGUUGAGUCAAGGAUUAGCAGCAUCUAUGCUAUGAUAUCAAGCUAUGUCCAAGGCCGUUGCCAAAGAUAUGUCAAGCCCACUCUUUGUUACUAUCAUUUUCCGCCUUGCGAUUCGUCCUCGAAGAAGCCGAAGCCAAGGAAGUUCUGUCAAGACGACUGUUCUGUGUUGCAGUAUGAUGUAUGCCGGGCGGAAUUCAAGAUGGGAAAGCAGAACCAGUUUUCAAGUAGAUAUCUGCCCGAUUGCAAUACACUGCCUUCGCGGGGGCAUCCUGAUUACAAGAGCUGUGUAAGGGUAACCAUGAAAGAAAUUCCUUUCAGUGCAACGCUUCAGAACAUCACCAUGUAUGAAGGAAAAUCAGUUACACUCAAAUGCCGUCUCAACACCAAGAAAUUCCCCUUUAAUGUCACGUGGAUGAAGGACGGAGCUCCUAUUGGCUCGCGAUACAAAACAAAAAAAUUCCUCUGGGGAUCCCGGUUGAAAAUUCGACGUUCUCGUGCAAAGGAUGCUGGGAAAUUUGAAUGCAUUAUUUCAUCAAUUUUGAAAUCUGUUCGCGCGGCUGGUUGUCUGAAGAUACUGGGUCGAGAUCUGCCUUCUGCUAAGCCGCCAGGCAAUGAAGUCAUCCGACCAACACUCCCAAGAGAGAGAAUUGAACAUUCAAAGUGGUCCAUAGUCCCUACCAAGUUUAAAGUUACGAGGAAGAGAAAGUACCCACGCUGCGAGCCCUACCGUGGCAAAGCCUGUGCUGAAUACAUCAGCGGUGACCUGCUCUAUGCUGGCCAUCGUCAGGACCAGAAUGACAUCGAGAAGGAAUUUAUAUUCCCUUUGAAGCAAAUCCUAGAAUCUAAUCUGAAUCCACGAUGCCGCAAGUACGGCAUUCGGGCGCUUUGUUACCAUGUGUUUAAAUCGUGUGACCCGAAGAUUGUCGAUCUAAAGCCGAGGUUGUGUCGAGACGACUGCUUCGCUCUUUACGAUGACGUUUGCGCGGCGGAACUUCUUGUGGCGAAAACGAGUGCUGGUAUUAAUGGUCUACUGCCGAAUUGUUCAAGACUUCCUAAAGCUAACCACCCUGAUCAUAAGUUCUGUUCCUCGUUACAAAUCAAAGAAAACACAGAGCACAUUCCAGAAUUCAACUCUGCAUCUCUCGCUUCCAUUGAAAUUAUUCGUCUCGAAAAGUCCAAAGCCAUGUCCGGAAAGGGUUUUGGGGCCACGGCGAAAAAUGUUAAUAUAGAUAACCUUCUAGAUGACCGCGUUAGUGCUAUGACACUAUUAGUGCUUGUGCCAGGAUGUAUCGAGGAAGGAAACCAAGGAAAAGUGAAAUUCAUCGAAAGUUUAGGUGAAGGUGGUUUUGCUAAAGUUUGGAAAGCAAUUUUGAUCAACACAGAACAAGAAGAAUCAGAAAUUCGAUUGACCGUCAAGCGACUGAAAUCCAACGUCCCCGACCAAGUCGUCGAGAACUUCAGAAGCGAAACCAACCUACUCGCUGGUCUACAGGACUUAAACCUUCUCUGUCUAGUCGGAGUCUCCGCAAGCGAUCCUCUGUUCAUGGUCUUUGAAUAUUUUGACGAUAUGGAUCUUCAUCGUUAUCUAAACUUGCACACUCCAUCGGAUUUGUCAGCCAAUCCGGAUGGAGAUCCAGACGAAGUUCUCCUGUUGGACUUCGCUCUGCAAGUCGCGUCGGGGAUGGAUUACCUGGCUGAGAAAAACUUCAUUCACAGAGACGUUGCCUGUAGAAACUGUUUCCUAACUAUGGAUAAUAUUGUCAAAAUUUCAAACCUUGGAAUCGGUAGUUAUAGGUACCCCUCCGAUUAUUCUUGGGUUCACGGAAGCGCGCUUCUUCCGGUUCGGUGGAUGGCACCGGAAGCGCUUAACUCGUUGCACUGUACACACGAGAGCGACGUUUGGUCUUACGGAGUGUUGUUAUGGGAGAUUUACAGCUAUGGAAGUCAGCCUUAUUCAGGUCAAAAUAAUCAAGAGGCUAUUGAAUGUAUUAGAAGGAUGAAAUUGCUGCCAUGUCCGGAUGGCUGUCCCGCGAGAAUUUACUCUUUGAUGAAAGAGUGCUGGGAAGAGAAUUCGUGUGACAGACCAGAUUUCGCUGACAUUUGCUCACGGCUACGAUCUUGGGCGGGCGACUCGGUUGGUGAGAACCACUGAUCAAUGUGGCAGUCGGUGAUAUAUUGUAUCUGAUGCUUUUCUCGAUGUUAAGCAUGUCAGACCUCGGCCUAGAUAUAAGGAAAAGUUGUUUUGUUUGCCAAAGAAAACUGGUCUACGAAAGACUAGAUUUGAACGCUUUUUCCUCACGGCUAAAAACCUUGCCCGGAGAGAUGGUCUUCAGCAGCUGAUGGUAUUGUAUAUGAUACUUUUCUCGAUGUUUAGCAUAUCAGAUCUCGGCCAAGAUAUAAGGAACAGUUUUUUUGUGUUUUUUUUGGAAGAAAACUGGUCGAACGAAAGACUAGAUUUGAACGCUUUUUCCUCACGCCUACAAAACUUGCCCGGAGAGUUUGUCUUUGGCAGUCGGUGAUAUAUUGUAUAUAAUGCCUUUCUCGAGCAAAUCGCACCUCGGCCAAGAUAAGAUGGAAACGUGUUGGAUGAAUGGUCCAAGGUUGUACUACAACAAGAGUACAGCCCAAACCUAUUGAAGAAACAUAUUAUUUAUGUAUCACAAUUUUUAUCAGAGUAUGCGAAGUUAAUCCAUAAUGCCAUAUUAUUGUCCAUACCAAGAAAUCAUAGUCCUCUAUAGAAAUUAACAAUGGACAUGUUCAUAAGCCUUGAAAUCUACCAAGGCGACCAUUAUUGGAUAGAGAGCAUUUAACCUAGUUAUUUACUUAUAUAUAAAUAUUUUCACCUCCAGUGGUUACUAUUGAGUGGAACGUUAAGAGGUGACUUCAUGGACUUUCAGRAAGUUUACGUUGACUUUGGACUUGAUCAGUAUUAUUGAUACUGUCUGAGUGAAGUUCAAUCAAUGUUGGACUUAUAGGCAUCUCCUUAGUAAAGUCAAAUCAACAGCUGGAAUACGGCUAGAAA